UAUAGGCUUACUUAUUAUCAGUACAGAAACAUAUUUUGUACUUUUACGUUUUGGUACUUCCAUCUCCUCUGCAUAAUUUCGUUGGAUAAGUAUAUAGUCCCAGAAUAUCAAUGCAAGCCUUGAGGAACCUUUUUGUGUGCUUCUUGUUUUUCUCCUUCUUAAGAAUUUCAACUACAAGCACACUAGACACAAUCACUCCAAGUAGAUAUAUUAGAGAUGGUGAAACUCUAGUUUCUGCAGGUGGAAGCUUUGAACUUGGAUUCUUUAGCCCCGGUGCAUCAGAAGGCCGAUACUUGGGAAUAUGGUACACUUUUGAUACUGAGGCAGUUGUAUGGGUAGCCAACAGAGAAACACCACUUGGCAAUUCUUCAGGAGUUUUGAAGGUCACUGAGCAAGGAGUUCUAGUCCUUCUCAAUAGCUCAACCAGGAUUGUAUGGUCAUCAAAUUCAUCAACAACUGCAGGGAAUCCAGUGUCACAACUUUUGGAUUCUGGAAAUCUUGUUGUGAAAGAUGGAAAUGAAACUAACCCUGAUAAAUUCUUGUGGCAGAGUUUUGAUUAUCCUUGUGACACAUUCCUACCAGAAAUGAAGCUUGGUUGGGACUUAGUUACUGGUUUAGAUAGGUACGUCUCGUCUUGGAGGAGCACAGAAGAUCCUGCUCCAGGAGAGUUUUCAUUACGGAUGGAUCGUCGUGGUUUCCCACAAGUUGAUACUAUGAAAGGAGCUAAGAUAGUGGCUACAGCAGGGUCAUGGAACGGCAUUUAUUUUACAGCAUAUCCAUAUCCUCCACAAACACGGGAAAACCAAAUACUUGGGUAUGAAUUUGUGUUGGACAAGGAUGAGAUCUAUUACGAGUACAGACUCCUAAACAGGUCCACGUUCUCAAGAUACGUACUGAACCCAUCAGGCAUUGCACAGAGAUUCACAUGGGUGCACCAAACACAUAGUUGGGAACUUUCCUCUACAUUCCAAGCAGAUCAGUGUCAAAAUUAUGCCUUGUGUGGCGCAUAUACUAGUUGCAAUAUGAAUGUCUCUCCAUCAUGUGAAUGCUUGAAGGGAUUUGUUCCAAAAUCUCCACAAGAUUGGAAUUCGGGAUAUUGGUCUGAUGGGUGUGUUCGAAAGAUUCCAUUGGCUUGCAGCUAUGGAGAUGGCUUCCUAAAGUACACUGGUGUUAAAUUGCCAGACACAUCUUCCUCAUGGUUUGAUGAGAGCAUGACCCUCAAGGAAUGUAAGGGAUUAUGUUUGAAAAACUGCUCAUGUACGGCAUAUGCAAAUUUAGAUGUCAGGGAGGGAGGAACUGGCUGUUUGCUUUGGUUUGGUAACCUCACUGACAUAAGACAAUUCACUCCCGGUGGUGGUCAAGACCUCUAUAUACGGAUGGCAGCUUCAGAACUUGAUGGAAUUGAGAAAAAGAGCAAGCUCAACAAGGAAAAGCUACCUGGAAUUCUUAUCAGCUCUGCAGUUUUUCUUGUCGGAACGUUAAUAAUUGGAUUGAUAUUGUAUAUACGGAAGAAGAAACUCAGAAAUCAAGGAGUCAGAAGCAUAGAUUGCAGAAAAGAUUACCUUGGAGAAGACAGGGAAAACAUGGAGUUACCACUAUUUGAUUUGAGCACCGUAGCUAAAGCCACCAAUGACUUUUCAAGCAGCAACAAGCUGGGAGAAGGUGGUUUUGGACCUGUGUAUAAGGGUACAUUGAUAGGAGGGGAAGAAAUUGCAGUGAAAAGGCUUUCAAAGGAUUCCGGACAAGGACUGCGGGAGUUCAAGAAUGAAGUUAUACUGAUAGCCGGACUUCAGCAUCGCAAUCUUGUAAAGCUUUUGGGUUGUUGCAUUAAAGAAGAUGAAAACAUCUUGAUAUAUGAAUUCAUGCCCAACGGAAGCUUGGACUUCUUUAUUUUUGAUCAAGAGGGACAAAAGUUGUUUGACUGGCCUACGUGCUUCCACAUUAUUGGUGGAAUUUCUAGAGGGCUUCUUUAUCUUCACCAAGACUCUAGAUUAAGGAUUAUCCAUAGAGAUUUGAAAGCUAGCAAUAUCCUGCUUGAUGAUAGUAUGAACCCUAAGAUUUCAGACUUCGGCCUCGCUAAAACAUUUGGUGGUGAUCAGAGUCAGGGUAAUACAAAAAGAGUGGUUGGAACGUAUGGUUACAUGUCUCCUGAAUAUGCAGUUGAUGGAAUUUUCUCGAUGAAAUCUGAUGUCUUUAGCUUUGGAGUUAUACUGCUAGAGAUGCUGAGUAGGCAAAAGAACAGGGGAUUUUCUCACCCAGAUCACCACCUUAACCUUCUUGGACAUGCAUGGACACUAUGGAAUCAAGAGAAACCAUUGGAACUGAUUGAUAAGACAUUAAGUGAUUCGUGCACCAUAUCUGAAGUUUUAAGGUGUCUUCAUGUCGGGCUGUUAUGUGUGCAAAGAGUGCCUGAAGAUAGACCAAGCAUGUCAUCUGUGGUUCUGAUGUUGAGCAGUGAUAUUACCUUGCCUCCACCAAAGCAGCCUGGUUUUUACACUGAACGAAGUGUCCCCGGAUCACCAUCAAGGAUGCCCCCAUGUUCAGCGGAUAAUUUCAUUACAGUGGUAGAGGGACGGUAGAUCAUGAUUCUGGUGAUUGUUCAUGCUUCUCUCUACCAUCACAUACUGGAUAUGGCUGGUUGUUUACAACCUUAGCAGGAAAACUAUGACCUGGGAUUGUCCAUAUUAUGCAAGAAAGAAGUGAUUGAAUUAAAGUUUGCUUGGAGCAGUUCCUACCUUACAACAAAGAAAGGAUUUGGGGUUUUUGGGUUGUUGCAGAAAACCAACCAAGAGUGGCCCAGUGGUUUGUCCGCCAUUUGGGUAAGGCUUUGGGGUUCGGUUAGGUUUGCUUCCCAGUUCGAGUCCCAGCAGUAACAACACCUGGUGGCUAGCGGCGGGCUUAGAUCCGCGAGUGGGGAUUAGUCGAGGUGCGAGUAAGCUGGCCCAGACACCUCAUGGUACUUACCAAAAAAAGAAGAAGAAAAUUUCACUAUGGUUUUACUCCCCCUAGGUAUAUAAAACUGUCAACUAACAAGCAGAAAAUAUGUGAUAAGAAAAACAAGCUUGCUUGGAAAUAUUAUUUCCAGAGCUCAAAUUGUUGUGGGCAGAGCAAGCAUGCAUGUGAAGGUUGUACUUAACAUAGGAGGAUUGCAUUGCACUGACAUGCAAUAGUUUCUGCUCUAGAAGUAACGUUUUCAAAGAAAAAGCUUUCGUUCUUCAA